CCCGCAGCCGCCUUCCCCGAUCCGGCGGCCCUCUCACUCUGUGCCGGGGACGCCGCCGGAGCUUCUCCCGAACUCCCCCCCCCCUUUUUUUUCUUGGGCUUGUUUUCUUGUUUGGCUGCCCCACCUUCUAGCGCCGCCUUACUCUAUUCCCUCUCUACGCCUGGGGCCCCCAGGGGGUUGGCCUGCCAUCCCCAAGCAUCCCACCUGUCACCUCCCGGCGGCUUCUGCUCACUUAGCCUUCGGGGUGGUCGUGCACCCUGACCUAACUGUCUCGCCAGAUUCUCCUAAACUGCUCUUUCUCUCCCUAUUUUGGGCCAGCUGCUAACUGCUGAAUUCCAACUAACCCUUGACAUCUUGACAUUUGACUCUAUAGAUUCUGGACUUUAAAAAAUCCUAUCUCUCGCAGCAGCCUGAGGUCUUCUCCACUGAUUUUGCACCUGUCUUUCUGAGGCUACCUGCUACCCCAUCCCAUCCCUACCAUGGACUUCUUGAUGAGUGGGCUGGCAGGCUGCGGGGCCUGUGUGUUCACCAACCCCCUGGAGGUGGUGAAGACCAGGAUGCAGCUGCAGGGAGAACUGCAGGCCCCCGGCUCCUACAAGCGGCACUACCGGAAUGUCUUCCAUGCCUUCUUCACCAUCGGCAAGGUGGACGGCCUAGCGGCCCUGCAGAAGGGCCUGGCCCCCGCCCUCCUGUACCAGUUCCUGAUGAAUGGCAUCCGGCUGGGAACCUACGGGGUGGUUGAAGCGAGGGGCUACCUGCACACAGCGGAAGGCAACCUCAGUCCUCCCCGCAGCCUGGUGGCUGGGGCCCUGGCUGGGGUCAUGGGCGCCUAUCUCGGGAGUCCCAUCUACAUGGUGAAGACACAUCUACAAGCACAGGCAGCCUCCGAGAUUGCCGUAGGUCACCAGUACAAGCAUCAGGGCAUGUUUCAGGCACUAGCCGAGAUUGGCCAGAAACAUGGUCUAGUGGGGUUGUGGCGUGGGGCCUUGGGUGGCCUGCCCCGAGUCAUCAUCGGUUCCUCCACCCAGCUGUGCACCUUCUCAUCCACCAAGGACCUCAUGAGCCAGUGGGAGAUCUUUCCUCCCCAGAGUUGGAAAGUGGCUCUGGCAGCUGCCAUGGUGAGUGGCAUCGCAGUAGUCCUGGCCAUGACUCCCUUUGAUGUAGCCUGCACAAGACUCUACAACCAGCCCACAGAUGCCCAGGGCAAGGGCCUCAUGUACCGGGGGAUUCUGGACGCUCUGCUGCAGACAGCUCGGACAGAGGGCCUUUUUGGCAUGUACAAGGGUAUAGGUGCCUCCUACUUCCGCAUCGGACCCCAUACCAUCCUCUCCCUCUUCUUCUGGGACCAGCUGCGCUCCCUCUACCACAAGUACACUAAGUAAUGGCCCUCUCUCACACUCCCCACAUCAGCACUUACUUGGACACUUUUGCCUCUGUACCACAGCCUAGUAGACUGUGACCAGUGACCUUUCAUCUGUCCACUGGGGAGCGGAGGGAAAGCCAGUCAGCCCCUCUCCCUAUCUGUUCUCUCAGGGUUGAAUCAUCACAAGGGAUGGUUGUCCUCCCCACUUUGUUUCUUCAGGACUCCCCUCCCCAGGUCCCCCUGAACACUGGGCACCCGUCUCAGGGCUGAAGUGUCCCCCCUCCUGUCCACUGCCACUCCCUCUGCACAGCUUUAAACUCCUCCCUCCACGACCAAAGGGAAUUGGGUGUGGGGGAUAUCUGGGUGUCCUGUUAACUUCAGAACCACAGAGAUUAUAUUGGUUAUAAAGCAAGUUUAUUUCUGCA